AUGACCCGCCUGCUCUGCUGCCUGCGCGCGCGCGCCGACAUGGGCGCCGCGAUAUCGCACCCCCAGGAGGGCGAGGCGUGCGACGGGGGAGUGCCCGCCUCGCCUCCCACCAUGGCGGAUGUCAUAAGGGAACGCAAGAAGAAGGCAGGCGGUGCGGGUCUGGGCACGCUGCGCAGGCGCAUCGCCGCUGCCGCGCGCCGCCCCAGGGACGCCAGGCCUGACAGAGGAUGCGAGCACGCGCGCUUCAUCCGGUCGGUGGUGAGCUCGUGGCGCGUGGCGGAGGUGUUCCAGCUGAGCGAGGAGCUGGAGGCGGGCGCGGCGCUGCGCGACCUGGUCACGCAGGCCGAGCUGGCGCGCGAGCCCGCGCCCGCCCUGCACCAGGACCUCGCCAGGAUGUACCGCGAGAGGUGGUGGUGCGACGUGGAGCUGGUGGGCGCGGGCUGGUCGCUGGCGGCGCACCGCGUCAUCCUCUCCGCGCGCUGCACAUACUUCCGGGACCUGCUGCAGCGAUACCCCACGUCGUGCCGCGUGCCGCUGGAGGGCGUGGGCGGCGCGCUGAGCCGCGACGAGGCGGAGGCCUGCGUGUUCGCGCUCUACGCCGGCACCUCCGCGCUCAACGCGCGCUGCGACCGCUGCUCAGAAUGGGAGAGAGGGAUGAACUCGGACGCAGAGCUGGACAUCAUCAGUGUGGAGAACUCGACACAGCGUCGCUGCGCGUGCGGGGGCGGCGGGGGCGGCGGGGCGGCGGGGGAGGCGCGCGCGCGGCGCGCGGGCGAGCUGCUGGGCGCGAGCGGCGCGGGGCUGGCGCGCGACCUGCGCCGCCUGCUGGAGCGCGGCGAGCUGGCGGACGCGCGCCUGGCGUGGCCCGCGCCGCCGCACGGCUUCCGCGCCGACCUGCCCUGCCACCGCCUGCUGCUCGCCGCGCGCUCGCGCUUCUUCAGGAGCGUGCUCUCCCGCCGCUGCGCGGGGGGUGCGGGCGGCGCGGGCGGCGGCGUGGUGUGCGUGGACGAGAAGGUGCUGCCCAGGAGGUUCGCGAGGGCCCUGCUGCACGCCGCCUAUACUGAUCAGGUGGACCUCAGUCUCAUCGGCAGGAGUUCGUCCUCGCCCUCCUCCAGCAACAGCGGCGGCGGGACGUUGCGCGGGAACGGGCGAGGCUCGACCAUAGCGAUGUUGGACGACGCCUUCCAGCUGUAUGAGAUCGCGAGGUUCCUGGAGAUGCCGAUAGUGGCGCAGGGCUGCGAGGACGCGGCGGCGCGCGCGCUCUGCGCCGACACGCUGCCGCACUGCCUGCGCUGGAGCGCCGCGCCGCACGCCUCUGCCUGGCUUCACCGGAGAUGUGUCAAGUGUGAUGUGUGCGCUUGCAGACAGGCGAUGCGGUACCUGCGCGACGAGUUCCCCGCCGUGAUGGCGUCGAGUGCGGCCGCGCGCCUCCCGCGCUCCGCCCUCGCCGCCGCCCUCGCCUCGCCCUUCCUGCAGGCCAGCGAGGCGCAGGCGCUGCGCGCGCUGCUGCGCUGGGCGGAGCGCGCCGCCCAGCCCGCGCCGCCCAGCGCGCUUCCCACCCCCUCCGCGCCCCAGCUCUGCGCAGAGCCGAACCUGCUGUGGCACACGACGCACGCGCGGCGCGCCGCCCGCGCGCGCCGCCGCGCCGCGCCCGACGCCGCGCUGCGCCACGCGCUGGCCGAGCUGCUGCCGCUGCUGCGCCUCGAGCACCUGCCGCCCGACUGCGACGCGCUCGCGCUGGCCGCCCGCCGCGGCCUGCUGCCGCCCGCCCACGAGGGCGGCACGGUGGACGCGUGGCUCGGGCGCGGCGCGCACCGCCCGCCGCGCUGCUUCCUGCCGUACCUGGACGAGUUGCGCGCGCUGCUGCACGAGCAGCCGCGCCCGCCGCGCGCCGCCGCCCCGCCGGCGCCCGCGCGGGCGGCGCGCGACGCAGGCCGGAUACCGGACACGCUGUACAUGGUGGCGGAGGCGGCGGAGGCGCUGGCGGCGGCGCGCGGCGCGUGCGUGUCGCCGCGCACGCUGCGCGCGCUGCGCCGCCGCGCCGCCGAGCUGCGCGCCGCCGCGCCCGCGCAGCGCGCGCUGCGCCUGCACGCGCACGACGCGCGCGAGGUGCGCCGGCAGAUCGCCCUGCGAGCGGUGCGCGAGAUGUCGCUGCCGGACUCGUGCGCCGAGCUGCUGCUGGACGCGGACGCGCCCGACGACAGGGAGGGGUCGGAGGAGUGGGAGCGCGGCGCCGCGCGGAGCGACCUCGACGACAGCGACUGCUGCAGGUCGGCGUCGGGGUCGCUACGGCGCGCGGGGGCCGCCGCCGCGCUCGCCGCGCUCGAGCCGACACGCUCCGCGUGCCGCCGCGACGCACCCCCGCGUGCCGACGCCGCGCACGUCAGGAGCGCGAGCUACACGCGCGCGCGGCUGUCGGCCGCCGUGCCCGACGUGGCCAUGGCGCCCAACGCCAACACGCACCUGCUCACGGCGCGCGACUACCCCCACCCCCACGCGCAGCACCCCCCGCACCUCCACGCGCCGCCGCACCCCCCGCACCCCGCACACCCCCCGCACCCCCCGCACGCGCACACGCAGCCGCACGCGCACGCGCUGCACGCCGCGCACGCAGAGCUGGGCGCCGUGCUGCAGCUGGACCUGGGCGACGGCGCCACGCACACGCCGCGCCCCGGUUCCCGAGCGCAGCGCGCGGCGCGGCAGCACAGGGAACACUCACAGGGUAUGUCGUGCUCUCGGCGCGACGACGACGAGCUGCGGGCGGCCAUCGAGCUGUCCGUCAUACGGGUUACACUGACUUCAAAUGCAUGUAAUAAAAAUGCAAUUUUUUUAAACUCGACAGCGUACUCGUCGCUGCAGGUGGCGCGGCGCGCGCCGGCCGCCGACCUGCUGCCGCCGCCCGACUUCGCGAGCGCUCGCAGUCGCGCCACGCCCAGCCCCGCCGCGCUCGCGCCCGCCCCCGCGCCCGGCGCCGCUCGCCGCCGCGACGCGCACCUGUCAAUAGCCAGCAGCACGACGGAACGCCGCCCCGCGCCGGGGCCCAGCGCCCCCGCGCCCGCCAUCGCGCCCGCGCCCGCCGGCGCGCCCCCGGGGGCGGGCGUGGGGGCGGGCGGUGCGCCCAGAGCGGGCGGCGCCAGCCGGAGCCCCAGCCCGCGGCGGAGUCCCUAUCCGCUGUAUACGCUGUACGCGCAGAGGGACUUCAGCCGGUCGGAGGGCGGGUACGGACGCGUGCCGCGCAGCCGCGCGCACAGCCCCGCGCCGCGCACGCACGCAUACGCG